GGCUAGCUGGUGGGUGACUGUCUGACUGGGUGACCGGAAAAUUGAAUAGCCUGCAAACUCGUCGGGUGAACUGCAUGUCUGGGACUCCGUGUGUCUGAAUGGCUGUCUGGAAGGUCGGGAGGAGUGGAUAGGUGCCUGGGUGCCUGGGCGGGUGCCUGGGUGGGUGCCUCUUGGGUGAGGGACACGUGGAUCAAUAGCUGUGAUGUGCGCUGGUUGUGUCGAGGCUGCGCCGAGCUUCGUCUGCUUCUGAGGCCCGGUUAGUACUGCCCCGCGUGCCGCCGUCCAGGGCCCUCAGCCGCCGCCCCUGUGCCCCUUCACUCGCCCAUCACUCGGCCCCACCAAGGCACCACUCGGCCCCUACUCGUCCCCUCAAGCCUGGAGUGUGUGAGGUGCGCGGGGUCUUGAGGUACUCGACUUGCUUUCACACCUGCUGACGGACUCUGCUAUUCUCUAUUCCACGGACGUCUGCUGCCUCCACUACCUCUCUCACACACACACACACACACACACACGCACACGCACACGCAAGCACCCAUCCUCGGCCGGCGUGUGGUGCAGCAUCAGUGUCGCAUCUCCGAGUGUUGUGUCAGCCUCUCCGUCUGUCUGUGUCCGGGUACAAACUAUGCGGGGGAGGUUUUGAGACCCUCCCUGCCCCCAACACCCUGAACCCCCCACCACGACCCCCACCUCAGCAUCAUCACCACGGCGCCACGCAGACACCUCCACCACCACCACCACCAAAACAACAACAACAACAACAACAUCAUGGUUCACGUAACUAAUUGAAACGGUGACUCCCAAACACCAAGCCCCAUCUCGUCCUCGUCCUCGUCCCCAGGCCAGCCGCAUGGGGCGGCGGCCCCCUCCCCGGUGAUGAUGGUGGGUGGCCGGCGCUCCCCGGCACCCGCCCCCGUGUUGGGCCCCCCGCCCGUCCGCGCCUACUGCAUGGGGGGCUCCUGGCACUACCACCCCACCCACCAGCAGGCCAGCUCCACCCCCGCCACCCCUAUGGCCGCCCACACGCCCACGCUGCCGCACGGACCUUCGCCCCUCGUGCGGUCCGGGUCCGUGCCUGGUGAGGGCGCCGGCGUGACGGCCGAGGCGGACGACCAGCUGCCGCCGCUCCGGCCCCGCGCUCCCGACGCCGAGUCCCUGUCGCCGAGCUCGGCCGUGGGUGGGCGCGGCAUGUCCCGUUCGGUGUCAGACUCCACCCUGCGGCAGGCGGCCUCCCGCGCUGCCCUCCACCUGCCCCUCCCCGUCACCUCCCUCAUGCACUUCAAGAAGGAGCUGAGUUUGGUCCGGCGCGGCAACAGGGCCCCGGGCCAGAGGAAGAGCUUCAUCGCCACCACCUCCCCGACCCUUCCACGAUGCCACUCUCCCCUCAGCCAGAGCAGCCCCAUGGAGUCCCCACGGAACAUGUCGCCACUGCAGCACUUUGCAUUUGCCCCUGUCAAGAGCCGCGACGGGAGGCGGUGGUCAGUGGCGUCCCUCCCAUCCUCGGGCUACGGCACCACCCCGGGCUCCUCAAAUGUCUCUUCCCAGUGUUCAAGUCAGGAGAGGCUGCACCAGAUAGGGGGUCAAGUGGGGGCGAGUGGCGGUACCACAGGGCCUGCUGCAGGGGGUGCCAACUUCAACAUUGGCUCGCCUGCGGUGGAUGAAGUCCGUCACUCCCAUUCACGGCACUUUUCAUCUGGUGAGAGCAACCCCUCCAUUGACGAGGAUGGCCGGAGAUCCCCCAUGAACCGGCCACGUUCCCGCUCCCUCAGUCUGGCCUGGCUGUGCAUCUCAACACUUGACAGUCCAAUCCGUUCACCCGUGGUAGACAACGAGAUCAUCAUGAUGAACACCCUGUACAAGGAGCGCUUCCCUAAGGCAACGCAGCAGAUGGAGGAACGGCUGAACACCUUCAUAGAGGACAACAGGACCAUAGAGGUGCAGGGAAGCGCAGACAUAGCGCAAGACGGAGUGGCCAUUGCACGCUUUGUCCAUCACCAGGUCAUAGAGUUGGCCAAAGACUGCCUCCAGAAGUCUCAGGAAAAGUUGAUCACAAGCAGAUACUUCUAUGAACUUUCAGAAAACUUGGAAAAGCUGCUGUGUGAGACAAAGGAUAAGUCGCCUGAUGCAGCGGCUCACCUCACAUCUCUCAUCAAGAAGCUGCUGCUCAUUGUGUCCAGGCCCGCCCGCCUCUUGGAGUGCCUCGAGUUUGACCCGGAGGAGUUCUAUCACCUGUUGGAGCAGGCAGAGGGUCAGGCGAGGACCAACCAGGGCAUCAAGACAGACAUCCCCCAGUACAUCAUCACUAAGCUGGGGCUCAACAGGGACCCACUAGCUGAGUUGAGUGAUGACCUGGCAGCAGACGGGGAUGCUGAGGACAGCACUGGCAGCGGGACGAGUGCUGCUAGUGGCGCCACCUCCCGGAAGACCUCCAACUCAGAGUACUCACCGGGCCAGUCUUCCACACACUCCUCCAGCCCCCCCUCCAAGACCACCCCAAAGGAGGAGGAGUACGAGAACAUCAAGUUGAUUUCCAAUGGAGCAUAUGGCGCCGUCUACCUCGUCCGCCACAAAGUCAACAAGGAGCGCUUCGCCAUGAAGAAGAUCAGCAAGCACAACCUAAUGCUGCGCAACCAGGUGGAACAGGUGUUUAAUGAGCGGGACAUCAUGAGCUUCACCGACAACCCGUUCGUAGUGUCGAUGAUCUGCAGCUUUGAGACCAAGAAGCACCUGUGUCUGGUGAUGGAGUACGUGGAGGGCGGGGACUGCGCCACGCUCCUCAAGAACAUGGGUCCCCUGCCCCCAGACAUGGCCAGGUUCUACUUUGCUGAGACUGUGCUGGCAGUUGAAUAUUUGCACAGUUACGGUAUUGUCCACCGUGACCUGAAGCCGGACAACCUCCUGAUCACUGCACUCGGCCACAUCAAGCUGACGGACUUUGGCCUCAGCAAGAUGGGUCUCAUGUCUCUUGCCACCAACCUCUACGAAGGUUACAUUGACAAGGAGACGCGGCAGUUCUCAGACAAGCAGGUGUUCGGCACCCCGGAAUACAUUGCUCCAGAGGUUAUUUUAAGGCAGGGGUACGGCAAGCCGGUGGAUUGGUGGGCAAUGGGCGUCAUCCUUUACGAGUUCCUGAUUGGGUGCGUCCCAUUCUUUGGGGAAACCCCAGAGGAACUCUUUGCCCACACUGUGAACGAUGACAUAGAGUGGCCCAGUGAGGAGGAGUGGCCGGUGCUGGAGGAUGCCAAGGACCUGAUCAUGUCACUGCUCCACCACGCGCCCCUGGAUCGCCUUGGCACGGUGGGCGGCGCCAUGGAGGUGAAGGAACACAUAUUUUUCCUCCCCAUUGACUGGGACUCUUUGUUGAGGCAGAAAGCAGAGUUUGUACCCCAGCUGGAUAAUGAAGAGGACACCAGCUACUUUGACACUCGGUUAGAUCGGUACAACCACGAGCUGGAGGAAGACAGUGAAGAAGGUGGAGAGGGAGGGGCGUUCCCUUCCUUCUCGUCAUACUCUCCAAGGUACCACAAGAUCACGUCAUCACAUUCUGCAGACGUGCCACAGCUAGACACCAGCUUCCAGACCGAGGCAUCGAGUGAUGGAGGACGGGACAAUAAUGACACUCGAGGCUCAGUGUCACGUGGGGACUCUGGACACAGCGACCAAUCAGAGUCCUCACGGUCCACCCUCGAAUCCUCCACAAACACCCCAGACACCGAGAACCAGGACCUUCCCGCGACCCCUGACGUGACUGGUGGUAAGCUAGAGGGAGGGCCAGUGUGUCAGAGCACCCCAGAGUCCUCACAGACUGAGAGCGAGGAUGUGUCUCCCCAAGUCCAGAGAAGAAGACGGCUCCACUCUCACUCUAGAGACUCUCUGCCAAGAUUCUCUAUAUCUGGAGAAGAAGACUGGCUAAGUUUAUUCCUUUCAAGCAUGGAGAGCAGCAGCCUCCGGGAGCUGUCCCCGGUGGACGAGCGUCCGGGGUCCUCAGAGAGACUGUCAAUGCCGCGGGUCAAUGUGCCGCCCUCGUCCCCUGCGCUGAAGCACAGGACGAGGCAGGUGAUCAAGAGUGCCUCAGCCUCAGGACUCUCUCUCAUGAUUCCCACAGCUCUCUCCUUCCCUACAGACGACAGCUCUCCACAACCCAUCCAGUCCCCGGGUGGCUCCAGCACGGCCUCCUCCAGGGAUGCCUCUCCCUCCAGGGAAAUUUCUCCUCUCGUCAACUCCCUGAAACCUCCCACCAUCAUCCGCCGGGGCCCACAAGGCUUCGGCUUCACUAUCCGAGCCAUCAGGGUCUACUUCGGGGACUCUGACUACUACACUGUUCAUCACUUGGUCAUGGAUGUUGACCAGAGGAGUCCAGCUUUUGAGGCUGGCCUGCGUCCUGGUGACCUAAUAACCCACAUCAACGGGGAGCCAAUCCAGGGCAUGUUCCACACCCAUGUGGUCACCCUCCUCAUGGGCUCCACUGACCACGUGUCCCUCCGCUCCAUGCCCCUCGACCAGACCUCCAUCAGGGCAGGUGGCCGAAAGAGAAAUCCGGGAGCUUCCAAGCUGGCCAAGCGACUGCCAGCAGCCAAACAGAGGCGCUCCAAGAAAGAGUCAGACAAGAGACGGAAAACUUCUCUCUUCCGGAAGGUGUCCAACAAGAGGGUGUCCGCGGAAAUUCAGCAGCUGAGUACCCCUCAGUCGGCUCCUGUUUUAUCUCCUGAUUUUGUGCCUCAGUUCUCAACCACUUUGCUUGCCGCCUCAGGGUCACCUCCCAUGUUGACAAACAGCCGAAGUUUCCAGUCCCUCAACCGCUCGGUUUCCUCCCAGGACAGCAUUCCCAGCUCUCCCACGCGCUGCAAAUCGCCCCAUUCACCCCCAACGGCCCGGCUCUUCUCACCCUCAGUGGAGCAAGUUCAGUCUCCCCUUAACUCCUCUGGUUCCUCUUCCCCAACAUCAUCAGUGCCCAACUCCCCAGCAGGGUCCUCCACCCUGCACCAGCGCCCAUCAUCUCUGCACGUCGUCAACCACAAGGUGACGAAUGUAAAGAGCUUUCGCUCCCCGAACAGGCGGAAGUCAGUGGGCCACAUCCCUCUCUCUCCACUGGCACGCACCCCCUCGCCCUCCCCCCUGCCAGCCUCUCCCACACGGUCCCCGUCACCACUGGUCCAUCACCACAACCAUCACCACCAUCACCACUACCACCACCACUGCCCUGGGUCCUCCAACACCACACAGACUUAUUCACCCGGCUCCUCCCUCACUCCCGGCCCGGCCUCCAAGAAGUGCCUUGGCCGUCCCAAGAGUGCCGAGCCAGGCUCACCACUGCUGCGCCGCGCCCUCUCCCCCGACCGCCUCCACCCACGGUCUGCUGAGGGCAAGGGUGCAGCCACCAUCAGUCCCUUGGCAACCCCCUCCCCUCCCAAGCUGACCAGCAAUCCCCCCAGACUGACUAUCACCAGUCAGUCUCCAUCAAGCUAUGAGACGCCCAGCGUGCUGCGCACCAGUGCCCCGACGAUGCUUUCACAGCGCUUUAGUGGUGCAGUCAGCCUCCCGCCAGCACUGUCCACCAGCCCUCUGGAGGAAGCCCCUGAGGAACUGGAUUCUCCAGAGCGUCAGGAAGCAUCCCGGACAAGUUUUUGUGAGAGCCCCCAGAGCGGGCAGAGUAACUCACCACUUACAGGGACCAGCUCAGAGGCCACUCCCGGGCCUGGCAAGGAGGGCCGACCCAACACUUCUACCCAGGUUGGUGGGCACAGCUCCACCAUGGAGAAAAAGGCCAGCAAGGAGCAGCACACAGAGGGGAAGGAGAAAGGCCGGAGUGACAGCCGCGGCCGCAGGGACACGAGGGACCUGCGGCGCGAGGACAGCAAGCGCGAGUCACGCCGCACAGCCCAGGAAAAGAGGGAGUUAUUCAAGGCUGGCAAGGAAAAGGAGGGCACCUCCUAGGGUUGGCCCCCCGCUGGCCCCCCUGCACCCACGAAUGGCACCAACACGUGCUUGCAGCACUUGUGUGUCUUCUGGGCGGGGCCGCGGCACUCUAUCUCUGGUAACAAGUAAGGAGACUGUUGCAGCUUGUGAUGAUUUCUUCCUUUCCACUCUUUGACAGGUGUUGCUAUACUUAUCAAGUAGCAGAGCUACUGAAAUCAUUCCUGGUAAAUUGUUGGUUUGUGUUGUGUGGAGUUGUUGUGAUGCCACAAGGUCUGGUUGUGUUACUACCAUUGUGAUAUUACAGAGACCACGAGUCUUAUCUUGCGUGUCUAUCUCAGUCACCGAUACGUAGGCACCAAAACCUUGGGUCCCUGUCAUUUUGUAAAUAAUUCAUUGUAAUGUGUUUCCUUAAUCUCAAAGAUUUUUAUGUUUUUACUUACUGUUUAAAGUUGUCUGUGUUAUAACUGCAUAUAUAUAUAUAUAUAUAUAUAUAUAUAUAUAUAUAUAUAUAUAUAUAUAUAUAUAUAUAUAUAUAUAUAUAUAUAUAUAUAUAUAUAUAUAUAUAUAUAUAUAUAUAUAUAUAUAUAUAUAUAUAUAUAUAUAUAUAUACACACACACACACACACAUACAUACAUACGUACAUACAUACAUACUCAUUUAAUGAAGCUCAUGGAGUUCUCUAGUGUUGUAUAUAUUUUGUCCCUCAUUGUCAUGUUGCUGUACAACCUCACAGUUACCAUGUUGGAGCCAUCAGGUGGAUUUAAGGGAUUGGACACUUGCCAUUUCCACUCUUCCUCCCUCAGGUUGCAGGGGCAAUCCUAAAAGAAAUUGUUGAUGGCUGUGGUUUUGGUUAAGCUCUUGGUGAUGUGUUCUGCUUGUGUUUCCUUGCUGUAAAAGAUGUCAUGAUGUGUACUUAAGGUAAAGAUAAUAGUUUUAAUUUGUAUUACAUUUGUGAAGUCACCACUAGUGUAUAUGCAGACACACUACUUGGACUUACAUAGAAACUGAUUAGGCUCUUAGUUUGUAUGGUGAGACACCAUUGGCAUUUUGUAUGUCAGUCAAUAGUUGCUUGAAGUUCUUUAGUAUUAGUUCAAAGUUCAUAGAUUUGAUGAAUUAUAGUCAUAUUUUCUCUUCAAAAGGUGAUGUGCUCUAGGACUUCAGCCGUCUCCUUCAGUGUGGGUUACCCAGCAGACUUUCAUGUUAAUUCCAAGACUUCUUGUAACAAGACACUUAAAUGUUGUUCUUAUGGACAUAAUAUUGAUGCUUCCUUUAUGCAUUUGUCACGCAAGACCAAACUGAUGGUCUGGUAAUGUUUGAAGCUUCUCCAUAGUUGUAACUUGUCAGUUUUCUCAUUAGGUAGCAGUGAGGAAAAUUUGUAAACUAGGAAACAUUUGUAAUUAAAAGAAAAAAAAUUAUGAUUUUCAAUGUAUAGUGUCUGUAGUUUACAAAUUACUCUUUAAUUAUUAUUUUCCAAGAUGUGGUUAGUCAGUAUGUUUAGCCUGCUGUCGUGCUUCACCAGAGCUGCCAGGGACCAGUGGCAUGCCACCUCCUGCUGGGGAACACUUCAUCGAGGUCUUCCUUUUUGCCUCCAGACUCGGAGUGCCUCGCCAUGACUUCCCCAAACAUGCAGGGGAGAAAACAAUGAACCAAACUUACUUUUAGUCAAUGAACUGUCAUGACUGUUUCUCUGCUACCAGGGGGAGGGCUGGCUGGCCGGUGCCCCCGCUGUGCCGGGCGCCUGGUGGAGACCCUUUGGUUCACCUCGCAGUGUUUUAGUUUCAUCCUCCACUUGAGGCUCGGUGUUUCUUCAGUUUCUGGAAUUGUAUUUUGUAUUACUUGAUUGUUCUGCUUAAAGGAUUCUUCAAAAGUUAGAACUUUCCUUAUAUAUAGCGAGAAAAGUUUCAUCAUAAUCGAAUCUGAAAACUUGCAAAAUGCAGUGAUGAACCCACAUGUUGAAGGAAUCCUGAAUUCUUGAUAACUUUUAUAUUCGCAUGAUUUCUAGUUUCUUUUACUCUGUUCAUUGUGUCAAGGUUUCCAAGAACAACUGAGGAAUUUUGGUGGGCAGCCAAAUUGAACAGAAUUUGCAAUACAUUUCAAUCCAAUCAUAAUCCAUCCUCAACACUGCAAUAGAUAUAGCAUGUGUAAUGCCAAAAUGUUAAAGGAAAAUGACCUGAUGUCAAGAUAUUGAAACUAUAUUUUUUGUACUAAAAGAGACCCAAGAUAAAUUGUUGCUAAUUUUAAAUCAAUAAUUUGGUGAAUAAACUUGGUGAAAAUAUGUAACAUGACAGAGGAAAGAUAUUUGUUCAAAGCUUCUUUUGUACCAGACUGUGUGCAUCUUCCAGAUAUGGCCUGAGGAGUCCUGUAUUGUAACUUAAUAUUUGUAAGGCUCCUGCAUCGCAUCACAGGCAGACGAGGACUGACCGGAGUGCCAUUUUCAUAUCCAACAUGGUUGCUACGUCGUCACAUCCCAUGUUUUCUAGAUAAGUGACUAGAAAAAAUAAAUGUCUUAGAUUUCCAA